UUUGUUGGCCGGUGCUUCCCCCCUUCUUUUCAUUCCUCUCUGGUCGCCGUGCUGGAUUGUUCCCUCUCUCUAACAAAGCCCGAUCCCAGUCUGCCCUGCACAUAGCUGCUCUCCGGACCAGGCGGCUUCGGGUUGCAUGGUGGUGCUUCGGCUGCUUCAGCGGCUCAACAAAUGCAGAAAAGGGAGAAAAGUUUCGGUAUACAAAUGCUCUCCGUCCAGCCGGACACCAAGCCAAAAGGCUGUGCCGGCUGCAACCGGAAGAUCAAGGACCGCUACCUGCUGAAGGCCCUCGAUAAGUACUGGCACGAGGACUGCCUCAAGUGUGCCUGCUGUGACUGCAGGCUGGGCGAGGUGGGCUCCACGCUCUACACCAAAGCCAACCUCAUCCUGUGCCGGAGAGACUACCUACGGUUGUUUGGCGUAACAGGGAACUGCGCAGCCUGCAGCAAGCUAAUUCCAGCCUUCGAGAUGGUCAUGAGGGCCAAGGAGAACGUCUACCACCUGGACUGCUUCGCGUGCCAGCUCUGCAAUCAGAGGUUUUGUGUGGGAGACAAGUUUUUCCUGAAGAACAACAUGAUCCUGUGCCAGACAGACUACGAGGAGGGGCUGAUGAAGGAGGGCUACGCUCCCCAGGUCCGCUGACCCUCAUAGGCCGACACGGAGGAGGAGGAGGAGGAGGAAGAAGAGGAGGAGUGGGAGAAAGAGAGAGACUGAAGGAGAGCUUGCAAUCACACAACAAAAAGCACUAUUGCCUCCUGUCCAUCUCCUGUCCCCCACAUGUACAUAACUAAGCAAGCCUCCCUGGGAAGGUGGACACAUUCUGCUGUACAAAAUAGCCAUAGAGACGCCAGUGUGGCAGGGAAAGGCCCUGGAAGCAUACAACCAACUCCAACUAUGAAAAAAAUAGUUUGUCCAUUUCUUUGUUUGUGACUGACGGCUGCUGCCUCUUUCCUUCUGGCCAACAAACACCGGCCUCAGAGCAAUUUCUAACUAAGAGGUGUUUUCCCAGUUGUUGGGGGGGGGGGGAAAAAAAAAGAAAAGAAAAAAAAUUAACUCACCCAAAACCAGACUUGUCUCCUUUCAUCUGACAAGGACAGACAGCGUCC